AUGCUACCACUCCUAAGAAGAACAUUUAUAAGGUACAAUAGCACAAUUGCUAAUGCCACUGCUGCUGGUAAGUCACCAACUGCCAUUGUUUUCAUGAAUAUGGGUGGUCCCUCUACCAUCCAAGAAACCCAUGAUUUCUUAUACGAAUUAUUUGCAGAUAAUGAUUUGAUACCAAUUAGCAAAAAAUAUCAACCAACAAUUGCUAAAUAUAUUGCCAAAUAUCGUACCCCUAAGAUUGAAAAACAAUAUAGAGAAAUUGGCGGAGGAUCACCCAUUAGGAAAUGGUCAGAAUAUCAAGCUUCAGAAGUUUGUAAAAUAUUAGAUGAAACUUCACCAAAUACUGCUCCACAUAAACCUUACGUGGCAUUCCGUUAUGCAAACCCAUUAACUGAUGAAGCUUACAAACAAUUAUUAAACGAUGGUGUAAAAAGAGCAGUUGCGUUCUCUCAGUAUCCUCAAUUCUCCUAUUCUACUACAGGCUCAUCAAUUAAUGAAUUAUGGAGACAAGUGAAAAAAUUAGAUCCUCAAAGAACAAUCAAUUGGUCCAUGAUUGACCGUUGGCCAGUACAUCAAGGUCUAAUUAAUGGAUUCUCAGAGAAUAUUACUAGGAAAUUGAAAGAAUUCCCAGAAAAUAUCAGAGACAAAGUAGUUCUCUUGUUUUCAGCUCAUUCCUUACCAAUGGAUGUGGUAAACACAGGUGAUUCAUACCCAGCAGAAGUAGCUGCUACAGUUUAUAAAGUUAUGCAAAAUUUAAAUUUUUCAAACCCUUAUAGAUUGACUUGGCAAUCACAAGUUGGUCCAAAACCUUGGUUAGGUGCUCAAACUGCUGCCAUUACUAAAUUCUUAGCACCAAAAGUUGAUGGGCUUGUAUUAGUCCCAAUUGCUUUCACUUCAGAUCAUAUUGAAACCUUACAUGAAGUUGAUUUGGGUAUUAUUGCUGAGUCUCCAUAUAAGGAUAAAAUUAAGAGAUGCGAUUCAUUAAAUGGACAAAAACUUUUCAUCAACGGUUUGGCUAGUUUAGUUAAAGAUCAUUUACAAACUGGUGAAUUGUAUUCAAAACAAUUACCAUUAGAUUUCACUUUGGGGAAAUCAAGUGAUCCAGUUGAAGAUCUUUCACUUUUAUUUGGUGAUCAUUCUAAAAAAUGA